UUUUAAAUCGAGCUAUAGAAUCCCUCCUAAAUGAGAUGGAACGAUUCCUCAGAAUCUCUAGCAUUCAAUUGUUAUUUGCAAUGUUGGUAACUGCAGUCUUCACUAAUUUCAUUAUAUGCUUUGCGCACCGCGCGAGUGGGCAGAGAUAUGGAGAAACACAACUUGGGCUCCAUAAACGGCCUUCCCAUAGCUCUCCAAAAUAUACGCCGCUGCCAUACACUACUACAGGAUCCUAGUUGAACUCACUCUACAGAAUUCGAAGCCUUUUCCUUUAACAACAGACAUACACACCACUACAG